AAGCACGCAACGGACUCCACGCACGGGACCAAAACCUUAAACAACUUGAACCAAAUAUCAAUCAAAUUCCAGAGCCUCUCUCGCGAACGCCAAAAUAUCCCAUAUGGGUCCCCAGAUUUUCCCACACUUUCUUUUCCUCUCUCUCCUCCUCCUCACAACCACCGAUACCACGGCCGCCGCCGCCACUGUCUACGACCAUCUCCGCCUUCACGGCCUCCCGACGGGACUGCUCCCCAAGGGUAUAACCCAAUUUUCCUUCUCACCCACCACUUCCAUCUUCCAAGUAUCCCUGCCUUACCCUUGCAUCGCAAAGUUCGAGAACGAGUUUCACUAUGACCUCAACAUCUCCUUUCACCUCACCCAUGCCCACAUCGGCAAUCUCUCCGGCGUCUCCUCUCAGGAGCUCUUCCUCUGGUUCCCCGUGAAGGGCAUAAGCGUGGAUGUCCCCAGCUCCGGGGUUAUUCACUUCGAUGUGGGCGUGGUCGACAAGCAGUACUCUUUGUCUCUUUUUGAGUCCCCUCCUGAUUGCACCGUGGCUGAGCCUUUGGUCCCCACUGAUUUUUUCAUUCACGGUGAAGCCUAUUCGGAGCCUCGGAAGGGUCAAUCUGUAAAGCUCAAGUAUGAAUUGGAUCAGCAUCAUUUUCUGAGGGCCAAGUCAUAGAUUGCUGAGGCAGAGAUAUGGUUCUAAAUGUUCAAGAUAGCUCAAUCAAACCACAAAUACUAUAAAAAUAAAAAUAAAAGAAGCUAGCUCAAUCAACCCGUUGUUUUCUAUUUUUUAGUUUUUACUCGAGAGAGAAUAUCAGAUCUGUUUUGACUGGUCUUGUGUUUAAAGAAUGUGUGCUUGUGUGCAGUUUUGUACAGACUUUUUGGCGUGAUAGUUAUGUUUUUCUGGGCAGAAGGAAGAAGAAUUUGAAAAAUGGGAAGGAGAAGAGUGCAUUAAAAGUUGGGUUUUAUGCUUGAUAUAGAUGAGGUUAGAGAGGGACAUUGGGUCAGGUUGGUUUUCACAAAUGGUAUGCUGUAAAUGUUUUUAUUGUGUUAUCAUAUCAGUGAACAUACAAGCUUAUGGCUUCUUGUAUUCAGUUGCUGUAAAUUUGUAUUGGUCGUGUAACAUGUUGGUUUGUGAUGAAUAAAAAUAUACUAGAAAUUUAUGUUUGUUGUUAA